AUGUUACAAAAUUUCGUCGCCCUGCAUCGUGGUCGAAUUAGUGGUCAUGUUAUUGGUUAUAGUCGCAUUAACUGGUUAGGGUCUGAAGAGUAUUGAAAACACGUAUACUUUAAAAGAGAAUUUGAUAUCACAAAAAUGUAGAUGUAUAACAGAUUACGAAAAACGAACAAAUGAUAAAUAAUUAUUGGAUUAAUAAAGGAUCAGUCAAAGGAUUAUUAAAGGAUCAAUUAAUUAAGGAAAGGUACAGAAUGGUUACCUUCCAAAACAUCACCAAAUUAUGUUCGAAUAUUAUACGAAAAUAUCAUUUGAGCUGAUAAUGAAACUGAUAUAAAUAGUACCAUGCAAGAAGAACACACCGCACUCUCGAUUUCAAAAUGGCAUAUUAUCCACUACCACCAGUUGACGACAUGACACUACGUGAAUGGAACAUAUGCAAUUCGACGUUGGAGGACACAAUAGCAUUCUGUCAAUCACUUGGACUGAUACCCUACCGACCAAGUGUACCGUGUUACAAUGGUCACAAUGAUUGGUACAUAGGACAAUGUGCGAAUAUUAUCGAUGGUAAACAGUGGUAUUAAACAUUUCCAGAUGUUCUUGACACAUUUAAUCGUACUUUUUAGGUUAUCACUGGCGUUGCCGUGUAAAAGAAUGUAGAUUAACUCGUUCGAUCCGUAAUGAAACAUUUUUCUUCAAAUCCAGAUUAGAAAUACAACAGAUAUUGGAUCUAAUGUUUUACUGAUAAAAGAAUCGAUACGCAUGACUUUCUUCGUUGACAUUGCAAAUUUGCGAGUGAGUCUACUAUCGUUGACUGGAAAAAUUUCCUUCGUGAUGUCUGGGCUGGUUGCAAUGAAAGUCCAAGAGUUUUAUAUAGUGCUAAUAUGUGAAUUUGUUACGUUAUUUAUAACUUGGGUUAUGAUAAUUUAUUUUAUUUUAAAGCAUAUUGGAAAUGACAAGCUAGAAUGAUAUUAAGUGAAACUUUUUUGUUCUAUUUCGAUAUGUAGUUUUAUCAAUAAAACUCUUAGAAAAUUUGAUAAAAAAAAUAAUAAAACCAAGUUUCGCCGUAUUGCAGGAAACGAAAUCAAGAUAUAACUGGAAAGCAGAAUGAGGAUAUCUCAAUGUGAUGAGUCUAUUUCUUACUCCAAAUAUUUAUUCGCACCAAAGAUAGAACAAUACAAUAAAGUACAAUACACUAAACGCCACGAAUACAAAUGAGAGGAAAAUCUUCACUAUAUAUACGCGCGC